CGGGAAGGUAGAGAAGAGAAGAAAAACAAAAAAUUUCCCGAGAAUUCGGCGGAGAGAGAGAGAGAAAAAAAAAAAAAAAAAGCCCAAUCGCACACGAUCUCCAGACCAGAGAAGAACUGCCGGGCCACGAUCUCAACACAGACGGAUGCUCAAGACGACGUGGGAGAAAAUCGGUGUACAAAUGGAUGCAUCAGGACUCAUCCUUCUUCCAAUUUACAGUUCAUACGAAAAUAGAAAACAGAGAAAGAAAGAAGAGCAGAGCAGAAUCAAACCCAGAAGGAAGAGAAAGAGAAAGAAACAAAUAAGAGAAAAUUAUUAUCAACUCGGCUGACAGUGUUGCAGAUUCACUUGAAGUCAGACUUGAUAUUGUUAUUGGUUUUCACUUAUUUAAGCAAACGGAGAAAGCCAGAUAACCAACGUGGAAUAAAGAAACGAGGAAAAGAGGAAAUCAAAACCUGUUCUCUUUGAAGAUUUUGCAGUUCUGGCAUUUGCAGGGGUCCAUUCAGAUGCAGUUGUCAUGACCGAAACAGAAAGAGGAAGACUUUGAGAAAUACAAAGGUCUGGAAGAUUUGGAAUUUAUAUAAGGGGUUCAAACCAAGUGAGUCUUCUCUGACCUGUAUCUUUGGUUUAAUUUGGUUUGUUCGAUAAGUUGCCAGAAUUGAUGCAGAGACAAUGAGUUUGGGUACAAGUACAAUGGCCAGCAGUGACUAAAGAUUAUGGAUAGUCAGCGUUGGAUUGCAGGGAUACUUUGACUGGCUGUUGAUAUCAUAAUCUUGGUGGAAGCUUGAAGCCUUGAAGUGACUUCAAGAAACAUGUAUUCACAUAAAUGGCAAGCUAUAGCAUGCAUGUUGCUACAAUUAUUCCAUAGCAGGAAGGCUGAUGGGGAAUUGUAGUGAAAUGAAGGACAUGAUUUUGGUAGUGCAUGAAAUCAAAAAACCACAGGACCGCUUUUUUGUGGCCACAUUUAAAUUUUUUUUAUUUACAAGUUUGAGAGUUGAAUACAUCUGUUUCAAGUUGUAAAUUUGAAGAAUUUGGUAAAGAAAGAUGACGAGGAAGAGAGAAGUAUGUUUAAACAGACGCCAUAAUGCUUUCUUUUGACCAACUCUUCUAUGUGAAUGUUCCUAACUAGGAAAAAGAUUUAGAAAUUCACACAGCAAAGGUUAUUAUACAAUGUCAAUUUAAAGAAAAACAAUACAAAAAGAUAUUGCAUAAAUGCAUGCGGCCCUUGCGCACGUGCAAUAAGGCCAAAAAAAAAAAAAAAAAUACAGUAAAAAGAAAAGAAAAAAUAACAAACUGCACGCGCAUAAGAGAGAACGAACAAUACGCACGCGCGAGCGCGGCCCUUAAGCUCCAGGUACUUCUUUAUUCAAUGGAUAAAGGAUAUUAUAAACUUACAUAUUUGAUUGCAUUAUUUUUAUUACAACCUUAGAGUUUGUGUAAUUUUUUUUAUUUGUAGGAAAGGUACGAGCUAGGCGCCCUCAACAAAAGAAAAAGUUCCAAAGAGACGAGGGCUUUAGGAGACGUGUUUCCAUGUUUUCAUCUGGUUGGCGGAUGGGACAAUCAGUAAAAAUUAACACCGCUUAUCUCAGUGAGCUGAUUUUGAAAGAGUGGAAGAAAAAGAAGCAUGCACAUUGGCGCUACAGAAACGCACGUACAGAGUUGAUGACACACGAUAUUGGUCACAUUAAACGAACUUGGAGAAAGGUUUUGCGCAUUAGGAGGCAAAAGCAUCGUGAACAAAACAGCUUUUUGGCUAAGUUCUACAUCAAGCGUUUUGAGGAUUUGAAACAUGAUAUUGAGAACUCUUCCAAUAAUUGGACCAAGGGUGUUGCAGUAAGGGAAUUAUCUAACUUCAUGUAUGGGCAACGAUUGUUGACAAAUGGAUGGCUCAGAUGGAGUUGAUUGGAGCAUGUGGACUUUAUUGAACACAUAUGUAUAUAGGCAUAUAUAGAAGUUUCUUUUUAAAAAGUAUGUUUCUAUUGUAAACAUUUGUAUAUAUAGUGCACAUUUUUGUAUGAAGUUUAAUGUUUUUUAAUUUUAUUUUUUACUAAUGAAUGGGUAAAGCCAAAUACCACUAUAGUAUAAUGUUUGCAUAUGAGAGAGUUAGGUAAUGUCCAACAUGGAAAUUAUAUUGCACUCUCGAGCGAAAUAUGACACAGGCAUAGUAAGAGAGGAAUUACAAUGUGCAUAUGCGGAAUGUAUUGUCCAAAACAAAACUCGCACGCGCGAGCGCGGCCCUUCUGCACGCGCAUAGCGCGUGCAGGAAGGCUAGUAAU